ACUGUGCGUAUCCUCCGCAGCCUCGCUGGGUGCAUCCAACACACGCUCCCUUUAACCCAAAACCAUGGCUGAAGGGGCAGAAGCCGAGGAUGAGAUCCAAUUCCUACGGACAGACGACGAGGUGGUGCUGCAGUGCUCUGCCACUCUCCAUAAAGAGCAGCAGAAGCUUUGUCUGGCUGCUGAAGGCUUUGGAAACAGACUGUGCUUCCUAGAGUCCACGUCCAACUCCAAGAAUGUGCCUCCAGACCUGUCCAUCUGCGCCUUUGUUCUGGAGCAGUCUCUGUCGGUCCGGGCGCUGCAGGAGAUGCUGGCCAACACCGAGGAGAAGGCUGAAGGGACAGCCCAGGGAAGCGGACAUCGCACUUUACUUUACGGACAUGCUGUUCUCUUACGACACUCCUACAGUGGGAUGUACUUGUGCUGUCUGUCCACCUCCCGCUCGUCAACAGAUAAACUGGCCUUUGAUGUGGGACUGCAAGAAGACACUACAGGCGAGGCUUGCUGGUGGACCAUCCACCCAGCCUCCAAACAGCGGUCGGAGGGAGAGAAGGUCAGAGUUGGUGAUGACCUCAUCCUAGUCAGCGUCUCCUCAGAACGAUACCUGCACUUGUCCUAUGGUUAUGAACACCUCCACGUGGACGCAGCCUUCCAGCAGACCCUCUGGAGUGUGGUCCCCAUCUGCUCAGGCAGUGAGGUGGCCCAAGGCUACCUGAUCGGGGGAGACGUGCUGCGGCUGCUCCAUGGACACAUGGACGAGUGCUUGACCGUGGCCUCCGGGGACCACGGGGAGGAGCAGAGGAGAACGGUGAACUACGAGGGCGGAGCGGUGUCCAUCCACGCCCGGUCCCUGUGGAGGCUGGAAAUGCUACGGGUGGUGUGGAGCGGCAGCCACACCCGCUGGGGCCAGCCGUUCAGACUACGACACGUGACCACAGGGAAGUACCUGAGUCUGCUGGACGACCGCUCCCUCCUCCUGACGGACAAAGACAAGGCGGACGUCAAGUCUACCGCCUUCUGCUUCAAGUCAUCCAAGGAAAAGUUGGAUUCCGGGAUGAAAAAGGAAAUAGAUGGAAUGGGAGUGGCUGAUAUAAAGUACGGCGACUCUGUGUGUUACGUCCAGCACAUGGACACCAGUUUGUGGCUCACCUACCAGGCCAUGGAUACCAAGUGUGCCCGCAUGGGCGGAGUGCAACGGAAGGCCAUCAUGCACCACGAGGGCCACAUGGACGAUGGCCUCACUCUGUCUCGGUCACAGCAUGAGGAGAGUCGUACGGCGCGAGUCAUUCGGAGUACCGUAUUCUUGUUCAACCGCUUCAUCAGGGGCCUGGAUGUGCUCUCUAAAAAAGGGAACACCUCUGCUCUCGAUCUGCCAAUCGAAUCGGUCAGCCUCAGUUUGCGGGAUCUGAUAGGCUACUUCCAGCCCCCGGACGAGCACCUGGAGCACGAGGAGAAGCAGAACCGGCUACGACAUCUGAAGAACCGGCAGAAUCUGUUCCAGGAGGAGGGGAUGACCAGCCUGCUCCUGGAGUGCAUCGACCGGCUCCACGUCUACAGCAGCGCCGCGCAUUUUGCAGAGGUUGCAGGGAAAGAGGCGGGGGAGGCGUGGAGGUCCAUCCUUAACUCGUUAUACGAGCUCCUUGCUGCACUCAUAAGGGGCAACCGGAAGAAUUGUGCUCAGUUCUCUGGCUCUCUGGAUUGGCUGAUAAGCAGACUGGAAAGACUGGAAGCUUCAUCUGGUAUACUGGAGGUUCUACACUGUGUACUGGUGGAAAGUCCUGAGGCCCUCAAUCUCAUCAAAGAGGGACACAUCAAGUCCAUUAUUUCUCUGCUGGACAAACAUGGACGCAACCAUAAGGUUCUAGAUGUGCUGUGCUCCCUGUGUGUGUGUCAUGGCGUGGCGGUGCGCUCUAACCAGAACCUGAUCUGUGACAACCUUCUGCCGGGCAGAGACCUGCUGCUGCAGACCAGGCUGGUCAACCACGUCAGCAGCAUGCGGCCCAACAUCUUCCUGGGCGUGAGCGAGGGCUCGGCGCAGUACAGGAAGUGGUACUACGAGCUGAUCGUGGACCAGGUGCAGCCCUUCGUCACGGCGGAGGCCACCCACGUCCGCGUUGGCUGGGCCAGCACCGACGGCUACGCCCCCUACCCAGGGGGGGGCGAGGGCUGGGGCUGCAACGGGGCGGGGGACGACCUCUACUCCUACAGCUUCGACGGACUCCACCUGUGGUCAGGGUGUAUCGCACGGACAGUGAGCUCUCCCAACCAACACAUGCUGACGGUGGAGGAUGUGGUCAGCUGUUGUCUGGAUCUCAACUCGCCCAGCAUUUCCUUCAGGAUCAACGGUCAGCCGGUGCAGGGCAUGUUCGAGAACUUCAACUGUGACGGACUGUUUUUCCCUGUCGUCAGCUUCUCUGCUGGGAUUAAGGUGCGUUUCCUGUUUGGAGGACGUCACGGAGAGUUUAAGUUCCUUCCGCCGCCGGGCUACGCCCCGUGCUACGAGGCCGUGCUGCCCAGGGAGAAGCUCAGGGUGGAACACAGCCAGGAGUACAAGCAGGAUCUGGCCGGGACCCGAGACCUCCUGGGACCCACUCUCACGCUCUCUCAGGCUGCCUUCACUCCCACACCUGUGGACACCAGCCAGAUUGUCCUACCACCCCAUCUGGAGAGGAUCAGGGAGAAGCUGGCAGAGAACAUCCAUGAACUUUGGGUCAUGAACAAGAUCCAACUGGGCUGGACCUACGGAGUGGUGCGGGAUGAUAACAAGCGGCAGCACCCGUGCCUAGUGGAGUUCUCCAAGCUGCCCGAGCAGGAGCGCAGCUACAACCUGCAGAUGUCUCUGGAGACCCUAAAAACCCUCCUGGCCCUAGGCUGUCACGUUGGCCUGGCCGAUGAACACGCCAUAGAGAAGGUCCACAGCCUGAAGCUUUCCCCUACCUAUGAGUUGACCAGCAGCUAUAAGCCGGCUCCCCUGGACUUGAGCCACGUUAAACUGGCAUCUGCCCAGGAGGCCAUGGUGGACAAACUGGCAGAGAACGCACACAACGUCUGGGCCCGAGAUCGCAUAGGCCAAGGCUGGACUUAUGGCAUUCAACAGGACGUGAAGAACCGCCGUAACCCUCGCCUGGUGCCCUACGCCCUGCUGGACGAGAGGACCAAGAAGUCCAACAAGGACAGCCUGAGAGAGGCGGUCCGCACCCUGCUGGGAUAUGGGUACAACCUGGAGGCCCCGGAUCAGGACCACGCCCGGGCGGACCUCGACAACGUUUCAGCGGAGCGCUUUCGUGUCUUCCGAGCAGAAAAGACCUAUAGUGUCAGCGCCGGCAAAUGGUACUUUGAGCUUGAGAUCCACACUGCGGGUGAGAUCAGGGUGGGAUGGGCCCGGCCAGGCUGUCUGCCGGACCAGGAGCUCGGAUCAGAUGAACAGGCCUUUGCAUUUGAUGGCUUUAAGGCGCAGCGUUGGCACCAAGGGAACGAACACUUUGGCCGCUCCUGGCAGCCGGCCGACGUGGUGGGCUGCAUGGUGGACCUCGGGGAACGCACCAUGAUGUUCACCCUUAACGGAGAGGUUCUGCUGGAUGACUCUGGCUCAGAGCUGGCCUUCAAGGAUUUUGAAGUCUACGAAGGGUUCAUCCCGGUAUGCAGUCUGGGCGUUUGUCAGGUGGGCAGGAUGAAUUUUGGCAAGGACGUAAGCACCCUGAAGUACUUCACCAUCUGUGGCCUGCAGGAGGGCUACGAGCCCUUCGCCGUCAACAUGAACCGAGACAUCACCAUGUGGCUGGGCAAGAGGCUGGCCCAGUUCAUCCCUGUCCCGCACAACCACGAGCACGUCGAGGUGAGCAGGAUUGACGGGACGAUGGAGUCGUACCCGUGUCUGAAGGUCACCCAGAAGUCCUUUGGCUCUCAGAACAGCAGCACUGACAUCACCUUCUACCGCCUCAGCAUGCCCAUCGAGUGUGCUGAGACCUUCUCCGCCUCUCUGGGCGGCGGCGCGCCAGCCUACGUCUUCCCACCCAAGAAGGAGUGCGAGGACUUUGAGACGGUAGCUGACUUUGAGGUUCUGGUCAAGUCUUCUCACGGUCACAUGGGGGUCCCCAGUGAGAAGGACGAGUUCAACAACCACAAAGACCACAACCAGGAGAAACCCUCCAAGUUCAAACAGCGGUUGAUGCUGAAGAGGGCCAAGCCAGACAACAGCUCCAGCUCUGCUCGGCUCUCAGAGGAGGUGACCGUGGCCGGUGAUAUGGACGAUUGUGAGUUUCCGAUGCAAACCUCUACGUACUUCUUCUCGGUGCGCGUCUUCCCGGGGCAGGAGCCCGGGAGCGUGUGGGUGGGAUGGGUCACCUCUGACUUCCAUCAGUACGACCCUUCCUUUGAGCUGCACAAGGUGCGCACGGUCACGGUCACCCUUGGAGACGAGAAGGGCAAAGUUCACGAGAGCAUAAAGCGCAGCAACUGCUACAUGGUGUGGGCUGGAGAGUGCACCAGUCCAGGCCAGGGGCGCAGCAACAACAACGGCUUGGAGAUAGGAUGUCUGGUUGACACCGCCAGCGGACUGCUCACCUUCACGGCCAACGGGAAAGAGCUCAGCACUUACUACCAGGUGGAGCCCAGCACCAAGCUGUUCCCUGCAGUCUUUGCUCAGGCCACCAGUCCCAACGUGUUCCAGUUUGAACUGGGUCACAUAAAGAACGUGAUGCCGGUGUCAGCCGGUCUGUUCAAGAGUGAGAAGAUGAACCCGGCGCCGCAGUGCCCCCCGCGGCUCCACGUGCAGUUCCUCACCUCGGUGCUGUGGAGUCGGCUCCCCAACCACUUCCCUAAGGUGUCGGUGUCCAGGGUGAACGACAGACACGGAUGGCUGGUCCAGUGCAACGAGCCGCUGCAGUUCAUGGCCCUUCAUAUCCCUGAAGAGAACAGGUCCAUGGACAUCCAGGAGCUGUCAGAGCACGCCGAGCUGCUGAAGUUCCACUACCACACCCUGCGGCUGUACUCGGCCGUGUGCGCCCUGGGGAACAACCGGGUGGCCCACGCCCUCUGCUCCCACGUGGACGAGGCCCAGCUGCUCCAGGCCAUAGAGAACAAGUACAUGCCAGGGUUGUUGCGUACCGGCUACUAUGACCUCCUCAUGGACAUCCACCUGAGCAGCUACGCCACGGCCCGCCUGAUGAUGAACAACGAGUACAUCGUGCCCAUGACCGAGGAGACCAAGACCAUCACGCUGUUCCCCGACCACACCAAGAAGCACGCGCUGCCGGGCAUCGGCCUCAGCACCUCGCUGCGGCCCAGGAUGCACUUCUCCUCCCCGAGCUUCGUCCGCCGAGCGGGCUCGCGAGGGGGCAGCAACGCGCCGGCCCUGUCGUGGGACUGCUUCCAGCACAGCCCCGAGUUCCCCUUGGAGACGCUGAAGACCAAGACCAUCGGCAUGCUGACCGAGGCGGUGAGGGAGGGCAGCAUGCACGUGAGGGACCCUGUGGGCGGGAGCAGCGAGUUCCUCUUCGUGCCCCUCAUCAAGCUCUUCUACACGCUGCUCAUCAUGGGGGUGUUCCACAACGGAGACCUGAAGAACGUCCUGCAGCUGAUCGAGCCCAACGUGUUCUCAGAGGGAGCCGGCGCCCCGGAGGAGAGGACUCCGCAGGCCUCGGCCCCGGAGGUGGCGGACGGGGCUGACGGAGCAGGAGGAGGAGGAGGAGGAGGAGGAGGAGGAGGAAGAGGACUGCUCCAGAUGAAGCUUCCAGAGCCAGUGAAACUCCAGAUGUGCCGCCUGCUGCAGUACCUGUGUGACUGCCAGGUUCGUCACCGCAUCGAGGCCGUGGUGGCCUUCUCCGACGACUUCGUAGCCUGCCUCCAGGCCAACCAGAAGUUCCGCUACAACGAGGUGAUGCAGGCGCUCAACAUGUCCGCCGCGCUCACUGCCAAGAAGACGAAGGAGUUCCGCUCCCCACCACAGGAACAGAUAAACAUGCUGCUGAACUUCAAGGAUGAGAAGCACGAGUGUCCCUGUCCAGAGGGCAUCAGGGAACAGCUGAUGGCCUUCCAUGAAGACCUCAUGAUCCACUGCGGCAUAGAGAUUGACGAGGACAAAGGGAACGACUGCGACGGUGACUGCACCUUCCGCGGCCGUCUGAUGUCGCUGGUGGAGAAGGUGGCCAACCUCAAGAGGAAGUCCGAUGAGCUGCCCAAGAAGAAGAAGGACAAGAAGCCCAGCACCCUCCAGCAGCUGAUCUCUGACACAAUGGUCCGCUGGGCUCAGGAGUCGGUCAUCGAGGACCCUGAGCUCGUCAGAGCCAUGUUCGUCCUGCUUCACCGGCAGUAUGACGGCAUCGGAGGGCAGGUACGAGCGCUCCCCAAGACCUACACCAUCAACGCUGUGUCAGUGGAGGACACCAUCAAGCUGCUGGCGGCACUGGGCCAGAUCCGCUCACUGCUCAGUGUCCGAAUGGGGAAGGAGGAGGAGAAGCUGAUGAUCAGAGGACUAGGGGACAUCAUGAACAACAAGGUCUUCUACCAGCACCCCAACCUGAUGCGGGCGCUGGGCAUGCACGAGACGGUCAUGGAGGUCAUGGUCAACGUGCUGAGUGGAGGAGAGUCCAAGGAAAUCACGUUUCCCAAGAUGGUGGCAAACUGCUGCCGCUUCCUGUGCUACUUCUGCCGGAUCAGCCGUCAGAACCAAAAGGCCAUGUUCGACCACCUCAGCUACCUCCUGGAGAACAGCAGCGUGGGCCUAGCGUCCCCAUCGAUGAGGGGCUCCACCCCUCUGGACGUGGCGGCGGCGUCGGUCAUGGACAACAACGAGCUGGCCCUGGCUCUGAGGGAGCCCGACCUAGAGAAGGUGGUUCAGUAUUUGGCAGGAUGUGGGCUCCAGAGCUGUGCCAUGCUGGUCUCCAAGGGAUACCCCGAUAUCGGCUGGAACCCUGUCGAAGGAGAACGCUACCUGGACUUCCUGCGCUUUGCUGUCUUCUGCAAUGGAGAAAGUGUGGAGGAGAACGCCAACGUGGUGGUGCGGCUGCUGAUUCGUCGGCCUGAGUGCUUUGGCCCCGCCCUUAGAGGCGAGGGUGGUAACGGGUUGCUGGCGGCCAUGGAGGAAGCCAUCCACAUCUCGGCCAACGCCUGCAGAGACCGCCCCUCCUCGCCCGCAUCCGAGAGCACCAAGUCCCUCAGCGAGGACGAGGAGGACGACACCAUCCACAUGGGCAACGCCGUCAUGACCUUCUACGCCGCGCUCAUUGACCUGCUGGGCCGCUGCGCGCCUGAGAUGCACUUGAUCCAUGCUGGCAAAGGAGAGGCGGUCCGCAUCAGAGCCAUCCUCAGGUCUCUGAUCCCCAUCCAGGACUUGGAGGGAGUCAUCAGCAUCCCCUUCUCCAUGCCCACUCUAGCCACUGACGGAUCCGUGGUGGAGCCAGACAUGUCGGCAGGGUUCUGCCCAGACCAUAAGGCGGCCAUGGUCCUGUUCCUGGACCGGGUAUACGGCAUUGAGGACCAGAACUUCCUCUUACACCUUCUGGAGGUUGGCUUUCUACCAGACCUCCGAGCCGCAGCCUCACUGGACACUGCGGUCCUCAGUGCCACGGACAUGGCUCUGGCCCUCAACAGGUACCUGUGCGCAGCUGUGCUGCCCCUGCUGACUAAGUGCGCACCGCUGUUUGCCGGCACGGAGCCGUACGCCUCGCUGAUCGACUCCCUGCUCCACACCGUGUACCGGCUGUCCAAGGGCUGCUGCCUCACCAAGGCCCAGAGAGACGCCAUCGAGGACUGCCUCUUGGCCGUGUGCGGGAAGCUGCGUCCCUCCAUGAUGCAGCACCUCCUCAGGAGGCUGGUGUUUGACGUCCCGCUCCUGAACGAGCAUACCAAGAUGCCGCUCAAAUUGCUGACCAACCACUACGAGCGGUGUUGGAAGUACUACUGCCUUGCUGUUGGGUGGGGCGGCUUCGGGGUGGCCUCGGACGAGGAGCUGCACCUCUCCAGGAAACUCUUCUGGGGCAUCUUCGAUGCUCUGUCACGCAAGCGGUACGACCAGGAGCUGUUCAAGCUGGCCCUGCCCUGCCUGAGUGCGGUGGCCGGGGCUCUGCCCCCGGACUAUAUGGAGUCCAACUAUGUGGCCAUGAUUGAGAAGCAGUCCUCUAUGGACUCGGAGGGAAACUUUAACCCACAGCCUGCAGACACCAGCAACGUCAGUGUUCCUGAGAAGCUGGACUACUUCAUCAACAGAUAUGCGGAGCAUUUGCAUGAGAAGUGGUCUAUGGAUAAGUUCUCUGAGGGCUGGCUGUAUGGAGAGCAGCUGUGCGAAGCCACCAAGAGCCAACCUCUCCUCAAGCCCUACAAAGGUCUUUCUGAAAAGGACAAGGAGUCGUACCGCUGGCCGAUCAAGGAGUCCAUCGGGACCAUGGUGUCCUGGGGCUGGGUGGUGGAGCGCAUCAGAGAGGGAGACCCCAGCAGUCUGCAGAAGUCUCGUCGGAUUUCACAAGUCAGCCAGCUGUCUUUUGAAGGAGCUCCCGGUUUCAGUCCGAGGCCCAUCGACAUGAGCAACGUCACUCUGUCCAGAGACCUGCACUCAAUGGCUGAGCUUCUGGCAGAAAAUUUUCAUAAUACUUGGGCUAAAAAAAAGAAGAUGGAAAUGGAAGCCAAAGGUGGAGGCAGUCAUCCGUUGCUGGUCCCAUACGACACACUCACUGCCAAAGAGAAGUCCAGAGACCGUGAGAAAGCACAGGAGAUCUUUAAGUUCCUCCAGAUCAACGGAUACACCGUAUCUAGGUGUGUGAGGGAGCAGGACCUGGACACGCCGGCCAUAGAGAAGCGUUUUGCCUACACCUUCCUGCAACAGCUCAUUGAAUACGUAGACAAGGCCCAUCAACACAUGAUGGACGCCGAUGCAGGAACCCGAGCCAAGGGAGAGGAAUGUCCCCAGGAGCAGCAAACCAAGUUCUUUGGAAAGGUUCUCUUGCCAUUGGUGGACCAGUACUUUAAGAACCAUAGGCUCUACUUCCUGUCUACAGCCAUUCGUCCAAUCAGCAGUGGCGGCCAUGCCUCAAACAAGGAGAAGGAGAUGGUGACCAGUCUUUUCUGCAAACUGGGAGUUCUUGUCAGACAUAGGAUAUCGCUUUUUGGAAACGACGCCACUUCCAUCGUUAACUGCCUUCACAUCCUGGGACAGACGCUGGAUGCAAGGACGGUCAUGAAGACGGGGCUGGAGUCGGUGAAGGCGGCACUGCGGGCGUUCUUCGAGAGCGCGGCGGAGGACCUGGAGAAGACCCAGGACAACCUGAAGCUGGGGCAGUUCACCCACGAGCGCACGCAGCCGCGCGACGUCACCCAGGUCAUCAACUACACCACCUUCGCCCUGCUGCCCGUGCUUUCCUCCCUGUUCGAGCACAUCGGACAGAACCUCUUCGGCCAGGACCUCAUCUUGGACAAUGUUCAGGUGUCUUGCUACAGGAUCCUCAACAGUCUCUACUCACUCGGGACCAGCAAGAGCAUCUAUGUAGAGAGGCAUCGUCCGGCCAUUGGAGAGUGUCUGGCGGCCUUCUCUGCAGCCUUCCCCGUGGCUUUCUUGGAGCCCUACCUGGAUAUGUUCAACAGCUUCUCCAUUUACAACAGCAAAGGAGCCAAGGAGAGAGGAGCUCUUGGGCUUCCAGCCCCGGUGCUUGAGGCCUGUCCUCUCAUCCCCUCCCUGGAGAAGACCCUUGAGGAGAUCAUGACGCUGGCGGAGUCGGGCAUCAGGUACACCCAGAUGCCCCACAUCAUGGAGGUGGUGCUGCCCAUGCUGUGCAGCUACAUGUCCCACUGGUGGGAAUACGGUCCAGAGAAUAACCCGGAGAGCACCGACCGCUGCUGCACCUCUCUGAGGUGGGAGCACAUGAACGCCCUCCUGGGAAACAUCCUGAAGAUCAUCUACAACAACCUGGGCAUCGACGAGGGCACCUGGAUGAAGAGACUGGCAGUAUUUUCUCAGCCAAUCAUCAGUAAGGCCAAUGCUCAGCUUCUCAAGACCCACUUCCUGCCUUUGAUGGAAAAACUCAAAAAAAAAGCGGCUGUGGUCCUCAUGGACGAGGAGCAGACCAAAGCCGAGGGCAGAGGGGACAUGUCGGAGGCAGAGCUGCUGGUGUUGGAUGAGUUCACCAUCCUGGUCCGGGACCUGUAUGCCUUCUACCCCCUCCUCAUUCGCUUCGUCGAUUACAACAGGGCGAAGUGGCUGAAGGAACCGAACCCAGAGGCAGAGGAGCUGUUCCGCAUGGUCGCCGAAGUCUUCAUCUUCUGGGCCAAGUCGCAUAACUUCAAGAGGGAAGAGCAGAACUUUGUGGUCCAAAAUGAGAUCAACAACAUGUCCUUCCUCAUCACCGAUACCAAGUCUAAGAUGUCGAAGGGUGCCAUUUCGGACCAGGAGAGGAAGAAGCUGAAGAGGAAAGGGGACCGCUACACCAUGCAGACCAGCCUGAUCGUGGCCACACUGAAGCGCAUGCUCCCAGUGGGGCUGAACAUCUGCGCGCCAGGAGACCAGGAGCUCAUAGCGUUGGCUAAGAACCGCUUCACUCAGAAAGACACGGAAGAUGAAGUUCGGGAGAUCAUCAAAAGCAAUCUACAUCUUCAAGGGAAGUUGGAAGACCCAGCGAUUCGAUGGCAGAUGGCCCUGUACCGAGACCUUCCCAACCGCAACGAGGAGACCUCUGAUCCGGAGAAGACUGUGGAGAGGGUGCUAGAUAUCGCUCAUGUCCUCUUCCACUUAGACCAGGUGGAGCACCCCCAGCGCAGUAAGAAGGCUGUGUGGCACAAGCUGCUGUCCAAGCAGAGGAAGAGGGCCGUUGUGGCGUGCUUCAGGAUGGCUCCCCUGUACAACCUGCCCAGACACAGAGCUGUCAACCUGUUUCUUCAAGGCUACGAGAAGUCCUGGAUCGAGGCAGAAGACCACUACUUUGAAGAUAAGCUCAUAGAGGACCUGGCUAAAUCUGGCGAGGACGAGCCAGCCGAAGAGGAAGACAGUCUGAAGCACAUUGACCCGCUGCAUCAACUCAUUCAGCUGUUCAGCCGAACCGCUCUCACUGAGAAAUGCAAACUAGAUGAAGACAAUCUCUACAUGGCCUACGCCGACAUAAUGGCCAAGAGCUGUCACGAUGAGGUGGAGGAGGACGGAGACGAAGUGAAAAGCUUUGAGGAGAAGGAGAUGGAGAAACAGAAGCUGCUCUACCAGCAGGCUCGUCUCCACGACCGGGGAGCGGCUGAGAUGGUUCUGCAGACCAUCAGCGCCAGCAAAGGUGAGAUGGGCCCGAUGGUGGCGUCCACUCUGAAGCUGGGGAUAGCGGUCCUCAACGGGGGGAACUCCACCGUGCAGCAGAAAAUGCUUGACUAUCUGAGAGACAAAAAGGACGUGGGAUUCUUCCAGGGUCUGGCCGGCCUCAUGCAGUCCUGCAGUGUUCUGGAUCUGAAUGCGUUCGAGAGGCAGAACAAGGCAGAGGGACUGGGCAUGGUGACAGAGGAAGGAUCAGCCAUCACCUCUGAGCGUGGUGAAAAGGUGAUGCAGGACGACGAGUUCACCUGUGACCUGUUCCGCUUCCUGCAGCUCCUCUGUGAAGGACACAACUCUGAUUUCCAGAACUACCUUCGAACCCAGACAGGGAACAACACAACCGUCAAUAUAAUUAUCUCUACUGUGGACUACCUCCUCAGAGUACAGGAGUCCAUCAGUGACUUCUACUGGUACUACUCCGGGAAGGAGGUGAUCGACGAGCAGGGACAGAGGAACUUCUCCAAGGCCAUCAACGUGGCCAAGCAGGUGUUCAACACGCUGACUGAGUACAUCCAGGGCCCGUGCACAGGGAACCAGCAGAGUCUGGCCCACAGCCGUCUGUGGGACGCGGUUGUGGGCUUCCUGCACGUCUUCGCCCAUAUGCAGAUGAAACUGUCUCAGGACUCCAGUCAGAUAGAGUUACUGAAGGAGCUGAUGGACCUCCAGAAGGACAUGGUGGUCAUGCUGCUCUCUAUGCUUGAGGGUAACGUGGUGAACGGCACCAUUGGCAAGCAGAUGGUGGACAUGCUGGUGGAAUCUUCCAACAACGUGGAGAUGAUCCUCAAGUUCUUCGACAUGUUCCUCAAACUCAAAGACCUGACCUCCUCGGACGCCUUCAAGGAGUACGAUCUGGAUGGCAAAGGCGUGAUCUCCAAGAGGGACUUCCAUAAAGCCAUGGAAAGCCACAAGCACUACACCCAGUCGGAAACGGAGUUCCUCCUCUCCUGUGCAGAGACGGACGAAAACGAACUGCUGGACUAUGAGGAGUUUGUGGAGCGCUUCCACGAGCCGGCCAAGGACAUUGGCUUCAACGUGGCAGUUCUGCUGACCAACCUGUCUGAGCACAUGCCCCACGACACACGGCUGCAGACCUUCCUAGCGCUGGCGGAGAGCGUGCUGGACUACUUCCAGCCCUACCUGGGGAGGAUCGAGAUCAUGGGGAGCGCCAAGCGCAUUGAACGGGUUUACUUCGAGAUCAGCGAGUCCAGCCGGACGCAGUGGGAGAAGCCCCAGGUGAAAGAGUCGAAGCGGCAGUUCAUCUUUGACGUGGUGAACGAGGGCGGCGAGAAGGAGAAGAUGGAGCUAUUCGUCAACUUCUGCGAGGACACCAUCUUCGAGAUGCAGCUAGCUGCGCAGAUGUCGGAUGCGGGCGAGCGCUCGGCGGUGAAGGAGGAGAGCGAGCAGGAGCGGCCCGAGGAGGCGGGCCCCGAGACGGGCUUCUUCUCCGUGGCCACCCUGCGGACGGCGCUGCUCGCGCUGCGCUACAACGUGGUGAUCGUCAUGAAGGUGCUGUCGAUGAAGAGCGUGAAGAAGCAGGUGAAGAGGUUGAAGAAGAUGACUGUCAGGGACCUGGUGACCACGCUGGCCUCUUUCUACUGGUCCACGCUGCUCCGGGUCCUGUACGUGGUCUUCAGCGUGGCCAGGGGCUUCUGCAGGAUCACAUACAAGAGCCUGAUGGGAGGCAGCCUUCUGAACGGCGGCAGCGCCAUGAAGGUGUCGGAGCUGCUGGGCAGCCUGCCUGACCUCAGCCAGGAUGAGGGGGUGCGUGGGGAGGGGGCGGAGCCAGAGAAGAAGUCCUCAGACCGCGCCUUCCACCCCGAGGAUGAGCUGGCAGACCUGGCCAUCAACACCGGCGAAACCGAGGUUCUGUCGGACAUCUUCGGCCUGGACCUGAGAAGGGAGGGGGGCCAGUACAAGCUCACGCCCCACGACCCCAACGCAAGCCUGACCCACCUGCUGAUCUCCCCUCCCCCCGCCGCAAUCCCCUCCCCGGAGCUCAGACAGAGGCACCAGAUAAAGAGUUCAGGCUUGGAGGACAGCGAAGGAACAGCAGAGACCAGCCACGAGUCCAAGAAAACAGGGCCUGAGAACGAAGACAAAGACAAAGCGAAAAAAGAGGCGAUGGCUAAACAGAAGAUCCGACAGAAUUACAUCUUCAAGUCUGAGGAACCAGACCUGCAGGAGUCCGUCUUCUGGAAGAAGAUCAUCGCCUACCAGAGGAAACUGUUGAACUACUUUGCCAGGAAUUUCUACAACAUGCGGAUGCUGGCUCUGUUUGUGGCCUUUGCCAUCAAUUUCAUCCUCCUCUUCUACAAGGUGUCCACGUCCUCGGCCGUGGUGGAGCAGAAGGAGCUGCUGUAUCCCAGCAGCCAGUCCAGGGUGGAGUGGGCCACACUGGAGGAGAUGGAGGGCCGGGCGGCCGAGGAAGGCCGGGAGGCCCCCAGGCCGGUCACGGUGCACUUCGUCCUGGAGGAGAGCAGCGGUUACAUGGAGCCCACCCUGCGUAUCCUGGCCAUCAUGCACACGGUCAUCUCCUUCUUCUGCAUCAUCGGCUACUACUGUCUGAAGGUGCCGUUGGUGAUCUUCAAGCGUGAGAAGGAGGUGGCCCGCAAGCUGGAGUUUGAUGGCCUGUAUAUCACGGAACAGCCGUCUGAGGACGACAUCAAGGGCCAGUGGGACCGACUGGUCAUCAACACACAAUCUUUCCCAAACAAUUACUGGGACAAAUUUGUGAAGAGAAAGGUGAUGGAUAAGUACGGAGAGUUCUACGGCCACGACAGGAUCAGCGAGCUGCUGGGGAUGGACCGGGCCGCGCUGGACUUCAGCGACUCACACGAGAAGAGGAAACCUAAGAAAGACAACUCAUUAGCUGCUGUGCUGAACUCCAUUGAUGUUAAAUACCAGAUCUGGAAACUUGGGGUGGUGUUCACUGAUAAUUCCUUCCUGUACCUUGCCUGGUACAUGACCAUGUCUAUUCUGGGACACUACAACAACUUCUUCUUCGCUGCCCACCUGCUGGACAUCGCCAUGGGCUUCAAGACACUGCGCACCAUCCUGUCCUCGGUCACGCACAACGGCAAACAGCUGGUUCUGACGGUGGGCCUUCUGGCGGUGGUGGUGUAUCUCUACACCGUGGUGGCCUUCAACUUCUUCAGAAAGUUCUACAACAAGGGUGAAGACGGAGAGUCGCCCGACAUGAAGUGUGACGACAUGUUGACUUGCUACAUGUUCCACAUGUACGUGGGCGUGCGGGCGGGCGGGGGAAUUGGCGACCAGAUUGAAGACCCUGCCGGAGACGAAUACGAAAUCUACCGCAUCAUCUUCGACAUCACCUUCUUUUUCUUCGUCAUCGUCAUCCUCUUAGCCAUCAUUCAGGGUCUGAUUAUCGAUGCUUUCGGGGAGCUGAGAGACCAGCAGGAGCAGGUGAAAGAGGACAUGGAGACAAAGUGCUUCAUCUGCGGAAUAGGGAACGACUACUUUGACACGGUCCCGCACGGCUUUGAGACGCACACACUGCAGGAGCACAACCUUGCCAACUACCUGUUUUUCGUGAUGUAUCUAAUCAACAAGGAUGAAACAGAGCACACAGGCCAGGAGUCCUAUGUGUGGAAGAUGUACCAGGAGCGUUGCUGGGAGUUCUUUCCUGCCGGCGACUGUUUCCGGAAGCAGUAUGAGGAUCAGCUCAACUGACGGCUCUGGAGCAGCAACAACAGACUCUCGUCUUCCUUCCUAGUGACCCUUGGGCUGGUGGUGAUACAGCAUCGCCCCCCCUCCUCGCUCCGCCCCAGCGGCCCUCUGCAUAGCAUCUCCCCAGGCCCCCGCCUCCUAAACCUCUGCCCCCACAUCGCACGCCACGUCCUUGUCUCUGGAUCCUGGCCACAGCAGAGAGGACGGCCCCCUCGUACCGGGAUCCAGCUAGGAGCCGAUGCUGUCAUACAGGCACCCAGUCAUGCUACCGCCCCCCUUCUGCUCAGCUUCUGGGGUCAGGGUUCGCUGAACCCUGACCCUUUAUUACAUUCAUGGUUCAUCACCACGUGUAACUACCACCAACACAUAUUUUUUUAUAUAUAUAUAUAGUUUGGUCCUAAAAACAAUCCAGUUCAGCUAACUCCUUAGUUUGCUUCUCUGUCAUCCUUACAUCAUCAAUGAUUUACUUUGACACGAUAUGUGAAACGUGUUUGUCUUGAUAUGACGCCUUUAAUUUGACUCUGACAAGCAGGACACAGAGUGAAGGCGACAGGGGCACAGAGACGGGGUGAUAGGGGCCAGGAGGGGACUUUAGUGAAUAAAGAGAGCAGAGAACCUGGUUCCAAUGUUUGUAAUGCUGACAAUGGAUGUCAACAUAAUGAUUGUAGACAGAAAUGCGAGCGAGAUGCCGUUGACUUUGGAGAAGCGGUUGAAUGUGUACACGGUGCAUGUUGCAUGUGCGUACGACUAGCCCUUCAUGCCUCGAGGAGCCCCUAGGCUAAACGGACAGGAAGUGGUCAACGUGAGAGAGACUAGUGCCUUACUGAAGCCAGGGAAGAGCUAUGCAAGAUGGAGAAGGAGAUUAAGGGAACAGUUUUAUAGGUGUGUGUGAGAACAACAGAGUACGGUCAAGCUGCGCUUGAAAUGCAGUCAGUCAAAAACCACAUUGUAAAUGGCAAGGUCAAAUGUAACGGCGCUGAACAAUCCAAUUAAAGCUGCUGUAGGUAGGAUUAGAGAGGAUUAAGAAGGGAUCAUCUGUGAUGGACAGGCAAGAUGGAUGCCUGUCCAAGUUUCAUCCAAGUCAACUCAAAAGCAGAUAUUCUGACCGAGCGUUUCACUCACAGUAUUACCCACAGCACCUUUUAAGACCAGAAUAGGGACCCAUUUUCAUGACAUGAUGAAUGAGAUGAGGGUAGCACAGUGUGGUGACUAGCAGCCCAAAGGCACUACGUUCCAUCCUCAGCAGGCUAGCGCUAUGCUUCCACUCACCUGUCCUUAAAGACACAUCUUAAUUCACUUAGUCACUUUGGACCGAAGCAUCUGCUAAAUGACUAAAAAGUAAUUUGAAUACUAAUAUAUUUAAUCUACAGCUUAAUAUUAUUCUCUUGGCGGUUCAUUAUUUGUUCAAUUGAAUCCCACCAUUCAUCAAAGUACUCCUACCUGUUAGUUAGUUGUUCUUUACGUCUCUGGUUUGAAAUCCCUCUAAACCUCCAGCUUCUCACCCCCGCUGAGAUGUGAUUACAUCCCUACAGAACCCGGAGACAAUGCAAUAGACUGUAGGUUUAACUCUUGACAUUUGCAAUUUAUUUCAGCAACUGUGGAAACAUUUAAACAAUUCUCAGAAUUCAAAGACAUGCUAUAUUAGAAUAGCCAAGUGUAGAAAAUAUUCACCCUUAAGCAUUUUCUAUUUGACGAACCUUCAGAGCUGUGCUACUUCACGGUUCUCUCGACAACAGGAACACUGCUGUUGACAUCAUGUGGCUUUCUCUAACCGGGUCCGAUUUACUUUGUUUUCUAUAGUAGGCCUACACUUUUCUGUAGCAAAUUGCUAAACCUUUCAUAAAAAUAAAAUUGCCAUACGUCAUGAAAAGAUAAUACUAUUAAUUAAUAGUAAGUGAUGUUAUUCUUUAGAAUUGUAAGUGUCAAAAUACAAAAGUAUUGUAAGAUAGGUUGAGAACAUCAAUUUCUUUUAGUGGAUUCAGAUUUUGUAAUCGGAAAGACAUGUUAUCAGUUAGUACCCAACUCUCGAGACAGUGCGCAUGUAUAUAGGUGUAUGCGUGUGUAUGGAUGCGUGUGUAUGAGUGAGUUUGUAGGGGUGUGCAUCGGUGCGUGUGUUUGGUUGAGUGAGUGUGUAGGGGUGAGUGCGCGUGUAUGGGUGAGUGAGUGUGUAUAGGUGAGUGAGUGUGUAUGGGUGAGUGAGUGUGUAUGGGUGGGAGUAGUAGCUCUUCGAGUUAGGGAUGGGAUUAAGAGAAGGGGGUGCUGACACCUUGUCUUUGUAAGGGAACAUCUGAAGCGUCUACAUUGGAAAUGAUUUGAGGUGGAAACUAAGUUUACAAAGCAGCGCAAGCCAUGGAAAUUCACGCAGGCUUUGUUUAAAAGUUCAAAUCUUGGCACUAAGAAUAUCUUGCUUAAAGAAUGCAACUAGAUAGAUAGGUUAAACAAUGUACGUUGUUGUUUGAGAUUUGUUUUCAGAAUGCACAAUACCCGGCGGUGAGGAGAGGCCCGCGGGGGGCCAGCCGCGGCCUGUCCUCUGCUCUCACAUGCUGUGUUUUCACGCUUAAAGGGAACUUCGAGCAACGAGGAAGAGUUUUAAAGAAACACUUGAAGUAGGCAUUUUUCAUUAGUAUAUCGUUUAUUUCCGUGAUGCUCUUAUGCAAUACAACCGAUUUCCUCUCUUUUUAUCCACCUUAUCCAAAAAACGACAGAAAAAACAAAAAAACAUUGCAUGUUUAUUAUGCAAGUGUAAUGGAAGAGUUUAUGACAAAACAAAAAUAAAUGAUCUAUGUUAAGAAAAGUUUUUUUUAGAGUUCUUUAAAAUAUUGGUAAGACCUAUGUCUAAUAUUUGAUCCAGGUUUUGUGUGGCUGCCCUUGUAUAUUUACAAAUCAUUGGCCAAGAAUGCAUCCAUAUGAAAAGAGUAAAUCUUGUUAUCUAAUUUAACUUAUAAUAAUGGUCUGUGUUUAAUGUUCUAUAAGUUAACAAAAAUACUUUGAUGGUUUGUUAAGACUCCAGCAAUUGCCAUUCACAGACUUCAUAUAGUAGAAGCUGACUGUUGUAAAGUGAAAUUGUAAAACAUACAAAGUAAAACAUCUUAUAGGACAUUUUAUUUGCCAAUUCAUUGUUUUCUGAUUUGUUUUAUAAAGUUAUAGGUGAAGCAUAUUUAAAUUGCUGGUGAGUCUUAAUGCUUAAGAUACCAUAUUAUAAUAGAGGUAUAAUUUAUUGGUGGACAUCUUUAUGGCAAAGCCUAAAAUCCAUACAAUGCUAAACUAUGGAUAGCUUUGAAAUGUGUGCUAACCCAUAUAGUCAAGCGCUAUAUGAAUCACAUAAUAUUGUUCAAUUUUAUGGAUUGCGGAUGUAUGUAUUUUAUAAUAUAGUAUAAUCUACCAAUCUCAUGAUGUGUCGAUGUGAUAUCAUCAAAUUCAGUUUAAAACCUUUUAUUAUAUUUUCUUGCAUUGAUGAUCAAUGUGAAGUUACUGCAAUAACAUGAUCAGCGUCCCUCUGAAACACUCUACUAUUAAGGGGUAUUUCUUCAAUGUGUACUUUUAUUUUCUUGCUUUUGUCAUGUUUAUUUUCAUAUUUUAUUUCACAUGGAACAGUACCCUUCAAGUUACGUAUGUGUGACACAAAUGUGUACGAGUGACUGAACACAGGAGGAAACGAGGGAUUUGCAUGAUUUUGAUGUGUAGAGAGAUGUGUAUUGCUGGGAAUUAAAAUGCAGCACAAUGAGA